UUUUCCUAGCCAGGCCUUGAGGCUGGAUGGAUCUCUGGAAGAUUUCCCCAGUCCAUUCUGUGCUGGCUGUUCUCGCCCUGCUGCGCUCUGCAGCACCAGCUCUGACGUGAGGGAUGGUGUUUGGUGUGAGAUGUUGUCUCGCUCUGCGGCGGCUGAGCAGGGCUCUGUAUACAGCAACUCAGAGAAACAAAUAGGAAACAGGAUUUCCCCCAACAGGCGUCUGAUUUUUCAGAAAUGAACCGUUGUGAUGGGAUGUACAGCUGAGCAAACCCCACAAUUUAUACAGAAUGACUUCACACUUGACUAACAUAGCAGGUGGGACCUCAAGCUCACUUCACCUGAGCAACAAGCUGGCUCCCUUUUUCUCAGGAUUUACUAGAAAUAAUGUUCUUGUUACCAUUUUGUGCAGGGUAGCUUCUGGUAACUGCCAGACCAAGAAACCUUGACCCUGUUUGUUUGCUGCAAACACUCAGCAUUGCGUGCUCUCCACCCUCUGGGGCCCAGGAGAGCUGGUGCUUGGCCCCUGCUGCAGCCUCAGGAAGAUGCCCUUUCAGGAACUCAGCUCUUCUGCUGAAGUCUCCAUCCUUCACUGAAAGCGUUUCAGCGUAUUUUAAAAGCUCUUUCUGUCUGGAAAUUCUCCAGACAGCUCCUUACCUACUGCUGUCGUCGUCCUCCUCUCCCCCUCCCUUCCUAAAGCUUCCCAAGCAGAUCCGUGUCAUUAAUAUUUCAGUAUCAGCUGUACACGGGCAUUGGCUACACUGCAGCACACUUCAUCAAUAAGAGGCAGCGAGGGCUGUGAGCUUUGCCACUCUGCCUUCAUCCAGCACAGGAGGACGAGCAGAGACAGAGCCUGCCAGACAAGCAGAGGAUCUGCCGAGGGUAAGGCUGCACCUCGCAGCCCCAGCCUAGAGGUGCUUUUUGCUGCUUUUGCUCCCUCGUUCAGAUCACCCCAGACAAUACUCGAACAAGCAACAAGAAUGGAUGUCUUCAAGAAGGGUUUCUCCAUUGCUAAAGAAGGUGUGGUGGCUGCUGCAGAAAAGACCAAGCAGGGAGUGACAGAGGCUGCAGAGAAGACCAAAGAAGGGGUAAUGUAUGUAGGCACCAAGACCAAGGAGGGAGUAGUGCAAAGUGUGACCUCAGUUGCUGAGAAGACCAAGGAGCAGGCCAACGUGGUGGGAGAAGCUGUAGUAGCCAGCGUGAACACAGUGGCAAACAAGACUGUAGAAGGAGCAGAGACCAUCGCGGCCACUACAGGAGUUGUAAAAAAGGAGGACCUGGCAGCGCCGCAGCCGCCCGAGCAGCCGCGGGUGGAGGGCGAGGGGGCCCCGGCAGGCGCCGGCGGAGAGGGUGAAAUUGAAGGUGCUCCAUCAAGUUAGGGAGUUCCUGCUCAAAAGAGACCAUUCCAAGAGCAUACAUGGAAGUUUUAGCUGACACCAUAACAGGAAAAUUCCACUGUCCAUAGACUACAUUCAGCUCUGUAGCCUUGCACUUGCCUCCUAAGCCAGUCGUACAAUAUAUGUAAGCCAGACUCCUUUAACUGUAAGUAACGUGCAGGUGUGUACUGGGCUGUGUGUCCUUCCCAGCCUCCCUCCUGGCCUCCCAGUUGCUUUGUAUAUUUUGGUUGGACUCACAAAUCUGUGUCUUGCAUCCAUAUGCACUGGCACUUGGGAUCUCUAGGCAUUGUGGAUUUUUUUUUUAACUAAUAAAAAGUGUUUGAACAA